CUUCCCUUCCUUUUCCUCUGCACCUUCAUUUCAUCUAAGGCCUCCUCUUCCUCUCGUCGUCCCAAAUCGUCUCUCUGUAUCUCUGUAUUUGCAUUCUUCUCCCUCGCCCCUACACACGUCUGCUGUAGCGUUUACUCUUUGAGGUCUCGCUCUUUCACAGCUUUCACUCCCUGACAAUGCAACCCAUUGUGCCACAGCAUCAUGAGCAAUUGCAUGCAACUCUCUCCUCAGCUCAGCAUUCGCAUCAGCAUCCACAUCCACAUCUCUUUCAUUCACAUUCCUCUCAUGCCCCUCAGGAGCCCUUGCAGCAGCAGCAGCAGCCAUACAAUUCCUCUCAGCCAGUAGUCGCUUCCCAUAUAAGUUUGGAGCGCAACCAGCACCGCGACUCUCCAGCCCACCCACAUACACAGCUUCCUACCACUGGCAAGCAAAGAUCAUCGACACACUAUGGCCAACGGUACAACCCCAUGUUUGCAGCUAUAUCCUCUGCACCGCCACCAACGCAGCAUUCCUCGGCUGGCUCUGUAGCAACAUUCCCUCAGAUAUCAGUCAGCCAGUCGGCAGCAGUCGCUCAGAACAUGACCUAUGGAUCACAGGCCGAGGCCCACAGUCUGUUUCCACAGGGCCUUACUACGAGUCCAGGAUUGCAUGGGACCGGCGCGCCGAUUGGCCCAGCUAUGAUCAGCGCAAACCGGCAGUCAUUGAUUCACCAGCUACCACCUGCUGCCGAGGUUCACGAUCAAUUAGCGCCUACUUGGUCACCAGCAUCAAUGCCAGCCUAUACAUCGACCUAUGAGACAAAGUAUGCUGCUGGACCAGGUCUCGCCGCCCAACAAGCCACGGGACCGGCUUCCCAUCCCAGCUUAAUCGCAAACAACAUUUAUGCACGAUCGCUUCACACGCCCUUCUACCAAAUGGGCCUUCCGUUGUCACAGGAGGCGACAUUUGACUAUGGGGCUCAAGGGUCAAGUACAACAACAUUGUUGGACACUGCGACGACCGACUCUCUAGAGGGUUCUAGGUUGCCAGCGUUUGAUGUCAAGGCCUACACAUUCCGCAAGAAAUCGAGGCACUAUGUCGCUGUUAAGCACAAAAAUGCGCUGAGAAUCGAGCCCAUUAUCUAUCUUAAGACAAGCGUGCUCGAUAAUGGCCGCGAUGUAGUUCGCAAUUGGGACUACCUGCGCUUUUCGAUUCACCGCUUCAGAGAGAACGCAUACCCAAAAAAGAAACUAAGUGCAGAAGAGAUGCGAACAGCAAGGAUCCUAGAUGUCAACAUCUCUCUCGUUUCGCCCAAUAAUAAGAACCGCCCUAUCGAGGACUCUUGUCCUGCUUGUGUUAUGCGCAUGGAUGGCGAACGCAGGAUUAUGCAAGUGUUGGCCAAAAACUUCAAGCUCACUCCCGCAGGCGAACCAGUCAUCGACAUUCGAAAGGGUCAUGUCAUCGUAUGCAUCAAGCUGAACUGUUACUGCGAUCAUCACAACGAGCAGGAGGGUUUUGUGGUCAGGAUGCAGACGGAGCCCGAGAUCGUUCGAGUGGGUAGCUCGGUCAAGCUUCGCAUCUGCUGCGAAGCCCGCUCAAAAUCAGGUCCUGCUGAACCAGAAGCCGAGGAGGAAGAUGGGCUGACAGACAUUGAUGCGCCCAUAUCCACGGGCUCCCGAUCCCCAGCGGGACAUGAGCGAUCCGUCCAAAGUCCUUCGCUGAGCUUUGGGAGUGAAAGUCCUGACCCGGGAAGUCGCCAGCGUCUGCAAUCUACGAAUUCGAGUUUAAUUGCAUCGCCCAGAUCUAUGGAUGAGCGUGUUGUAAAUUCGCUGUCCGUGGGAUAUUCCCAGGGUGUCCGUGCGGUCCAUCCCCCAGCCUUUCGACAGAUCUAUCCGCUGACACCAAGCGAAGGAACAUGCCUCGGAGGCACUCGAGUGACGAUCCACGGUGCGCACUUUGACACCAUGCAAAACCCCGUCGUGUACUUUGGGGAGAUCCCAGCAGAACUGGUGACCAUUUCGCACCAUGAUGUGAUGGAGUGCACGACACCCCCUGCGGAGGGUCUCAAGCCGGGCAUUGUUGCAGUCAAUAUUGCUUCGCUGGCAUUCCCGCUGAGUCCCGAUGUUGAUACCGUGGAUUUCAUGUAUAUGGCCCCGCCGGACUAUGACUUUUAUAAUUUGGUGGCACAGUCUCUUUCGUACGCCAUGGCCAACGAAUAUCCUCAUGAUAACAGUCUGGCAUAUAUUCUAAAUGCUCAUGGUCCGGGGCUUAACGCUGAACUCAAUCAUGGAAUGGUCCAGGGUAAUACCGACACACUAUCCGGGGAUACACUUGACUUGGGACUUGCAUGGGGCGCGAAGGAAGAUAUAGCUAUAGAAUUUUUGCGGGUCAUUCAGGCACUGGCCCCUGGGAGGGUGUUGCCAGCCUUCAAGAGUGAAAGUGGGCAUACUCUCCUUCAUUUGGCAUCCCAGAGCGGCAUGCAUAGCCUAGCCAAGGAAUUGCUGGAUAUGGGCAUCGACCACACCGCUGUGGACAGAAACCGUAAAACAGCGCUUCACUUUGCUCAAAUGGUCUCAGACAUCAAUAUGGUACAGCUGCUUUCAGAAGCCAGGAUCCCGCCACGUCCUAUGGUGCCCCGAUUAGAAACCGGCGCCGCCCAUUCGAGCAUGAGGAAGACCGUAAUAACACUAAUUCGGAAGCACGAAUCAACACUCCGCAAGGCGCUGGCACAGUUGCAGGAACGCAACGCAAAGGACCUCCAGGGAUUGCGCGAUCGUUCCUUGCGCGUGAUGGAAUUGCGAGACCGACGUGGGGUCCCAUCUGACCUAUCGAUCGAUGCGGACGAUGACGAUAUUACAGUCUUCUUGGGCGAAUCUUCUCCAUCUACCAAAUCGUCGGAUGGAAGCGAGAGCUCAUUGACUCUGGACUCGCCAACUCAGGACGUUGAUCGGAAGCGCAAGUCGAGAGACGAGCCAACGACAUUUGACACUUUCAAGAGAAUGUCGACUGGAUCAGCACCCAUUACCAAACAGAGUGUGGAUAAUGCAAUCGACCUGGCCCAGCUGGAAUUUAUUCAAAAUGGCAUAAAGGACUGGGAAGACUGGAGAGAUGCUCAACUCUUUGGACACACGUUGGAGCUGACGAGCUCGACAGAUAUACAGGUCUGGGUUUGCGAAUCUGCAACGAUUACUCCGCAAAAGGACUCAGCCGAUUCGGACGUGACAUCUGCACCUACGAUUACAUCUGCGGACUCGACCCUGACUGCCCUGGCCUUGUCGGCAACUGGACUGCAUUUGCUCAUCGAACGAUCGCUGGCCCUAGACGCAAACGCGAGGAAGCUUGAGCAUUGGAGCCUUGCUGAGAUAGAGGAGCUGAACUGUGUGGCAGUGAAUGGCAAGGACGUCCUUCAGAUCGAUAUGUGCAGCCUAAUUCCCAGAGGCCGUGAGCUAUCGGGCGAACGGAUUCAAGCUGACCCGGUUACUGCUUCUUACGAAAUCCUAAAUGCCAUCAGGGGCGCAUGCACACGACUAAUGGAGUACCAAAGGCUACUUGCACAGGAUACAUGGCUCGACUCGCGUCUGAAGAUGUGGAGCGCUCUGUACAAUGCAGAAGAGCGCGAACUCGAAUCUGUCAUCAAGGAUCAACUGGAAAUUCGAGGCGAAACACUGACUUUGAAAGCUGCUCAGGAUGAUCACCAGGGACACAGUCUCGCGAUGAUGAGCUCUAUUAUUUGUACAGCUCGAGACUUGGGCACUGUUUCGCGAGUUCAGUUCGAGGGCGCAGUAGUCGCGGAGGAUGGAUGGGGUAAACUAGCACUUAUCAGGAAACUGGAGAAGACUGUACGUGUGAUGAGGCAGGUCAUACGAUGGGAGUUCAGCGGCUGUGGGUGGACCUCGAAGACGGCUGAAGGGUUCAUUAAGGGACUCAAGCCUGAUUCGAACCCCAAUACUCCAAAAGAUCAGAGCCUCCAGCAGUGCAGAGAGAUCCGUUUGGCAGGAAAUAAGUUUGGUGGCGAGGAUGCUAUCGGCCACUUACUGGUCGAAUGUGCCGGAAAUAUCAGGGACCUCGAGACUCUCGAUCUGACAGACUGUGAUCUUGGAUUGGCGGGAAUGGAGACUCUAGUUCAUCAUUUAUCGGGACUUGGGGAGCUCCGACUACACGGUAACCGUGCAGACAAGCGUUGGUGGCAAUGGAUGGAGACGGUCCUCACGCGGAACCCUGACAUGGAACGGUGUAGUCUCGGUGCUCGAAUCACUCCCGCAGAUCCGCAAGGAAUACUUUUAACACAGGAGCGACUCAAAUCUCUCAAGGAGCUUGUGGAACUGGACUUGACUGGGUCUCCGAUGACAAAACCGAUGCUGGACGUCAUUGAGGCGCACGUGAGAUAUGAUGCAAAGCACUUUCAAACGCUGGUUCUCGCACACUGUCAACUGAGCUGGACAGAUAUAUCGUCGAUCUUCAAGACCAUCUGUGAGGUGAAUUUGUCGACCAAAUUUACUUUGAACGUCAGCAAGAAUCCUCUGUUCGACUCGGAGGAGGCGGUGCAGCUUUGGGAAAGGGAUGUAUAUGCUGCAUCCGUCAAUGUUCCUUUCGGAAUUCAGAUUAUAGACCUGUUGCUUUCCGAUGCUACCCUGCAGCGCAUCCUCAGUCCACUCGAAGAUGCGACCUGCUUCAACGAACUGAACAUCAAGGGACUCUACAUCAAGCCCAACAAUCAAGUUACCGGACUGGCAUCACUGCCAUACGAUGAGGCACGCGCGGAAGUGGUCCCAGAGCGUGCAUCCAAGGAGAGCUGUCUCAUUUUGCGUCGGAUUCUUACCUCCAACAAGACUUUGGUAAUGUUGGAUGUAUCAGGCAACAAUGGCAUAGGACCUAGACGGGACGAUUCAAAAUCCAAAACUGCCAUCUUCAGUUCAGGGUCUAGUUUUGGCUCGAAGCCCGGCUCGCAUUCCUUUGCUGUGGGUGGAUUUGGGCGCGAUAUCGCCCUGGUUUUCCCCGCUCUAGCCCAGAAUUCAACACUGCGAGUCCUGGCGAUCGAUUAUAACCUAUUUGGUGAGGAUAAUAUGCUCAAGUUUUGCGAGGCCAUGCGAUCUAACCGCAGCAUCGGUGUUUUGAGCUGUGACGGGAACGAUGCAUUCACGCCAAAGGGUCUACGAGCUGUCGAGAGUAUUUUCCCGCCCGUCUCACUAACGACCUCGGAGGAUGUGGUGGUCGAGAGUGAACAGGAGGAUUUGCAUGGGUACAACAGAACGCUUUCUGUGUGGACGUUAGAGCGGGAUGAGAUUCUGAUGCACAUGCAGCUGCUGGCGAUGGAUGUGCGGCGAUUGACGGCGGAGUACAAUCGGAUCGAGAAGAUGCAAACCAGCAACGUGAUUGGGGGCGACAUUAAAUUCCUGGGAACAACACCAUUGGCGGACGUACAGCGACGAUGGGAUGCCGCCGCGAGGAACCGAAUCGAGUAUGGGGAGACCCACGCACGAAUUGUGAAGGCCAUUGGCGAGAAUAAUAGACGGACAAAGAGGGCGUACCAGCAGAAGCAAGGCUGAACUUGAAGUUCGAGUGCCGAGUACCUAAAUAUAUAUAGAUCCACCAACGGUAGUUAGAUUGUAUAUGACAAAAAAACGUUUCCCCAAUAUGAAUGCUAUCCUUCCAUCGUUUGUUUUGAAGGAUCUACAUUGCUGCAAAGUUUUGUCAUUUCUUCUUCAUCUCGCUGCUGAAUCAACUUUUUGCACAUCGGAGCACGCCGUUGUCUCUUCAAGCACC